GCCAGACAGCUCUUUCUUGCUUUCCCUUGAGCCCGUCGGCCAGAGUCCUCCACCCCUCCACCCUAAGAAACUCAAGUCGAGGACCGAUCCGUCAAGAUGUCCGACGAGGUUAACGUGGUGGCAAUCAUGUAUCCCAAGGCGGGUAAACAUGACGAACUGGCGUCGCAUCUCGCCGAACUCUCGCGUCAGGUGCAGGCCAACGAGCCAGACACGCUGAUUUACUACGCCUUUUCGAUCAACAACGGCAGCGAGAUUAUGGUUGUGGAGAGAUAUCGAGACCACGAAGCCCUCCAGAUUCAUCUGCUGGGCCCCUACUUCCAGCAAUUCGGCGAGCGGGCGUCGGGGCUGAUGGAGCGGCCGUACGACGUGAAAGUCGGGAAUGGGAUUCUGGACCGGUCGACGAGCGUCCUGAGGAUUUAAGAGGGUUAUUACAAAGGCCAGGGAACGGACGAGGGAUAGAUAGAACAUGGUAAUGUGAACCUGCACGAUAUUCCACUCGGCUAUACUAUACUAUGCGAUGCUAUACUGCCUACAGAUGCACCACGUCAUAGCAGGCAGGUAGGGUUCGGUGGCGGUCAAGCAGUGGAACCAUCGGAUCGUUAGCUCAGGAUAAUAGGACGUGAUACUAAGUGC